AUGUUAAGAAGAGUGUUUCCCGAUAGACCAUUGUUAGAGUGUGAAGACAUUAAUUUGGUUAUCGCAAAAGGCGCUUGUUUGUAUGCACGAGACGUUGCUUCACAAACAGUCAAAAAUCAUAUCACACAAAUAACAGCAAGAGAUGUGAAUACAUUGUUGACAUUAGUUGAUGACCACAAACAUAAAACAGGAAAUAUAUUAGUUACUUUGAUCAAUAAAGGAACACCCCUUCCAGUUGAAAAUGUUACUUUCAGUGUCUCAACAAUCACACCAACUGUUUCAGUCAUACUUACAGAAGACAGAAGUUUGAUUGGAAUAUUCGAAACUACUCUGAGGUUCAAUUUUUGGGAUAAAAUCACCUUCAAGUUUGAAGUUGAUGCAAUAGGGAAAAUCAAAUUGGUUGUAUUGGACAAAAAUGGAAUUCAAGACCCGGGACAAAUUGUUGUCAAUUUGACAAGAAACGAACAACAGGAAACAGAAGAAAUUAAAAAGUACAGACAAAAUCUGAAAAAAUAUUUAGGAUCUUAA